CAUGUUCUCAGUGAGCUCCCAGGCAGUGCAUAUCUUUCCUCGGUGGAUCAAUUGGAUUUGGAUAAAAUAAAAAUUACCAUAAUUUCAUGAAAUUACCUUAUCUUAUCUCCAGAUGCUAUAUGAUAUGACAAUUCUGCAGAUUAUAGUAUGUGCUUUGGUGGCGGUGGUUGCCGCAACCCCAGACCACUACGGACCACCUCAGACCGGAUUCUAUGGCUUUCCCGGGACGCAGUCAGGUCCAGUCAUUCCCAUCCUGAAGGACGAGCGUGAGGGACCUGAUGCGUCUGGAGUGUACAGCUUCGAGUUCGAGACUGGCAAUGGCAUCAAGCGUGAGGAACAAGGUGCCCCUCGAGGACCAUCUGGCGCGGUGGCAAUGCAAGGAGGAUGGUCUUUCACUUUCCCCGAUGGCUCUCCCGCCGACGUGACUUUCGUCGCCGACGACGCUGGUUACCGCGUCGAGUCCGACCUGCUGCCCACGCCCCACCCCCUCCCCGCCCACGCCAUCGCCCAGAUCGAGAAGGCUCGUCGGGAGGACGCAGCUGCCGCGGCGUUGACCGGGCGCUACACCGCUCCUCUGACUAGCUAUGGAUACCCAUAA